GGGGGCGGGCCGGGGCGGGGCCGGUAGGCCGCCUAUAAGACGGGUGGCGCGCCCGCCCGGGGCCACUCGCCGCAGCCUGCGCGCCUUCUCCAGUCCGCGGUGCCAUGGCCCCCGCCCGUCUGUUCGCGCUGCUGCUGCUCUUCGUAGGCGGACUCGCCGAGUCGAUCCGAGAGACUGAGGUCAUUGACCCCCAGGACCUCCUAGAAGGCCGAUACUUCUCCGGAGCCCUACCAGACGAUGAGGAUGUAGUGGGGCCCGGGCAGGAAUCUGAUGACUUUGAGCUGUCUGGCUCUGGAGAUCUGGAUGACUUGGAAGACUCCAUGAUCGGCCCUGAAGUUAUCCAUCCCUUGGUGCCUCUAGAUAACCACAUCCCUGAGAGGGCAGGGUCUGGGAGCCAAGUCCCCACCGAACCCAAGAAACUGGAGGAGAAUGAGGUUAUCCCCAAGAGAAUCUCACCCAUUGAAGAGAGUGAGGAUGUGUCCAACAAAGUGUCAAUGUCCAGCACUGUGCAGGGCAGCAACAUCUUUGAGAGAACGGAGGUCCUGGCAGCUCUGAUUGUGGGUGGCAUCGUGGGCAUCCUCUUUGCCGUCUUCCUGAUCCUACUGCUCAUGUACCGUAUGAAGAAGAAGGAUGAAGGCAGCUAUGACCUGGGCAAGAAACCCAUCUACAAGAAAGCCCCCACCAAUGAGUUCUACGCGUGAAGCUUGCUUGUGGGCACGGGCUUGGAUUUUAGCGGGGAGGGAAGCCAGGGGAUUUUGAAGGGUGGACAUUAGGGUAGGGUGAGGUCAACCUAAUACUGACUUGUCAGUAUCUCCAGCUCUGAUUACCUUUGAAGUGUUCAGAAGAGACAUUGUCUUCUACUGUUCUGCCAGGUUCUUCUUGAGCUUUGGGCCUCAGUUGCCCUGGCAGAAAAAUGGAUUCAACUUGGCCUUUCUGAAGGCAAGCCUGGGAUUGGAUCACUUCUUAAACUUCCAGUUAAGAAUCUAGGUCCGCCCUCAAGCCCAUACUGACCAUGCCUCAUCCAGAGCUCCUCUGAAGCCAGGGGGCUAACGGAUGUUGUGUGGAGUCCUGGCUGGAGGUCCUCCCCCAGUGGCCUUCCUCCCUUCCUUUCACAGCCGGUCUCUCUGCCAGGAAAUGGGGGAAGGAACUAGAACCACCUGCACCUUGAGAUGUUUCUGUAAAUGGGUACUUGUGAUCACACUACGGGAGUCUCUGUGGUAUAUACCUUGGGGCCAUUCUAGGCUCUUUCAAGUGACUUUUGGAAAUCAACCUUUUUUAUUUGGGGGGGAGGAUGGGGAAAAGAGCUGAGAGUUUAUGCUGAAAUGGAUUUAUAGAAUAUUUGUAAAUCUAUUUUUAGUGUUUGUUCGUUUUUUUAACUGUUCAUUCCUUUGUGCAGAGUGUAUAUCUCUGCCUGGGCAAGAGUGUGGAGGUGCCGAGGUGUCUUCAUUCUCUCGCACAUUUCCACAGCACCUGCUAAGUUUGUAUUUAAUGGUUUUUGUUUUUGUUUGUUUCUUGAAAAUGAGAGAAGAGCCGGAGAGAUGAUUUUUAUUAAUUUUUUUUUUUUUUUUUUUUACUAUUUAUAGCUUUAGAUAGGGCCUCCCUUCCCCUCUUCUCUCUUUGUUCUCUUUCAUUAAACCCCUUCCCCAGUUUUUUUUUUAUACUUUAAACCCCGCUCCUCAUGGCCUUGGCCCUUUCUGAAGCCGCUUCCUCUUAUAAAAUAGCUUUUGCCGAAACAUAGUUUUUUUUUUAGCAGAUCCCAAAAUAUAAUGACGGGGAUGGUGGGAUAUUUGUGUCUGUGUUCUUAUAAUAUAUUAUUAUUCUUCCUUGGUUCUAGAAAAAUAGAUAAAUAUAUUUUUUUCAGGAAAUAGUGUGGUGUUUCCAGUUUGAUGUUGCUGGGUGGUUGAGUGAGUGAAUUUUCAUGUGGCUGGGUGGGUUUUUGCCUUUUUCUCUUGCCCUGUUCCUAGUGCCUUCUGAUGGGGCUGGAAUAGUUGAGGUGGAUGGUUCUACCCUUUCUGCCUUCUGUUUGGGACCCAGCUGGUGUUCUUUGGUUUGCUUUCUUCAGGCUCUAGGGCUGUGCUAUCCAAUACAGUAACCACAUGCGGCUGUUUAAAGUUAAGCCAAUUAAAAUCACAUAAGAUUAAAAAUUCCUUCCUCAGUUGCACUAACCACGUUUCUAGAGGCGUCACUGUAUGUGGUUCAUGGCUACUGUACUGACAGCAGAGAGCAUGUCCAUCUGUUGGACAGCACUAUUCUAGAGAACUAAAUUGGCUUAACGAGUCACAGCCUCAGCUGUGCUGGGACGACCCUUGUCUCCCUGGGUAGGAGGAGGGGGAAUGGGGGAGGGCUGAUGAGGCCCCAGCUGGGGCCUGUUGUCUGGGACCCUCCCUCUCCUGAGAGGGGAGGCCUGGUGGCUUAGCCUGGGCAGGUCCUGUCUCCUCCUGACCCCAGUGACUGCGGUGAGGGGAACCACCCUCCCUUGCUGCACCAGUGGCCAUUAGCUCCCGUCACCACUGCAACCCAGGGUCCCAGCUGGCUGGGUCCUCUUCUGCCCCCAGUGCCCUUCCCCUUGGGCUGUGUUGGAGUGAGCACCUCCUCUGUAGGCACCUCUCACACUGUUGUCUGUUACUGAUUUUUUUUGAUAAAAAGAUAAUAAAACCUGGUACUUUCUAAA